GGUAUUUUGCAGAGAUCUUUUUUUAUGCAUCAUGGAAGAUGACGUUUCGUCAUCGGUUCCAUCAGACGCGGCUGUCCCGGAAGAGGAUGCAGAUGUCGAUGCAUGGGAGAUCAAUGUAAGCACAUUAGAGGAUUUGACACUAUCUGCAGAUGUAGCGAAGGAGGUCACAGAUAUUUGGAAAGCCUAUGUCGAUACCUUCCAAAGCGAACAGUCGGCAGGCGAAGCCAUCUUCAAUGCAAUUUUUGAAGUCGCCCCUUCCUUGCAAUCGCUCUUUGUCGGUCCAAGAGGUGUUCAGGCCUUAAAAUUUGUGAAUGGAGUGAGCUCAGUCAUUGCGAACCUCCUGAACCCAUCUGCCUUGAAGAUCGAGGUGGAGACCAUGGCUUUUGCCCAUCUCAAUUACGAUAUUACCGUGCCUCGGGUGACAUUGUUUCGAGAUUCUAUUCUCGACCUCUUCGAGACAGAGAUGGGAGAUGCCUUUAGCGCUUGGGCUCGCGAUGGAUGGGGACAACUCCUUUCAUACAUUGGAGGCGCCCUGAUCUGGGUGCGGGCCAACUUUUCGGACCGCCUACGAGUUCUUCAAGAGAGCUGGCAGGCGGCCAAUGAGGUGGGCAAACGACAGAUGACUGAGGCUGAAAAGCAGCGAAUGUUGCAUCAGUCAAAGAAAGACCAAAAGCGGAAGGACGAUGAAAAGCCUGAGAAAAGUGUUGAGAUCGAUCCAGAAGUAGCGAGUACUGAUAGUCCAGACAGUUCUGGCAGCAGUUUCUCUGGUCAGACUAUGCAGACGGUCGGGCUCCACCCGAGCAACAAAGUGAUGACCAGCAACCGUUGCAGUCGAAUGAUGGGUACACUCUCCAGGUUGUGCAAGCGUGACACGGGUCCCAAAUAUGAUAUCGAAACUGGCCGAAAGGACAAAGAUGCCAAGAAGGUUCAGGAACAUCAAACAACACAUGCAGCGAAAGCCAAAAAUCAAACACAUCACAUCGAUGUGCCCAAGACCUUUGACGAAAUGUUUCAGUGGAACUCCGCAGUCAUGGGCCUUUCUGGUCGGAAGUGGAUGCAGGAGGUCUUGAAUUGCUUCUCCGCCAUGGUGGAGCACAUUUCAGAUACGAAACGCUUGCAACAGGAAUGCAACGUCGUUUCAAUACGCAUUGCAAAAACCUCUGGGGAUAACGUGAAUCUUUCAGAGUUCAAAUCAUGCAUGCUGGCUGCCUUGCGAUCCCUACUUCCAACAACUUGGGAUACCAACCAUGAACUGGCUUGGAAUUGGCUUUGGGAUAACAUUGAAACUGUGCUGAAGAAGACCAUGGGGAAACCACUUCUUUGGGAGCAAAGCCUCUCAACGAUGCUCGCAAACCUGAGCGAUGAAGAGAAACACAGCUACCGCGUUGGGCUCUACGAUCGCUACUUUGCAGCUGUUCCCGCAGGUCAGGACUACUUCAAACAAUCCAACACGCGCUUGCACUUCAUCGCGGACCGCGCCACUGUGAUGUCGCUAGAGCUGCUGGGUGAGCCUUGGCACAUGGUCGACGAGAUCUCGGCCUUGGGCUUGAGACAUGUGGGCUAUGGCAUCCCCACAGAGAUGUUUUCGCCCUUCAUCGAAGCAGCUGUUGACUCGAUGAAACGAUUUGUCGCUGAUCAGACGGCCCUACAGGCCUUUAGCUGGUCCUUGGGCAUCAUUGCACAGAUGUUGGUGCACACUGUCACCGAGGGUUCCACCAUUGUGAUGAAAGCCAUCAACAAUAAUUCGCAUUCCCAGUUGCAGAGCGCCGUGAACUCGGCCCCACGGGGCGAUCGCUUCAAUUGGGUUCUGAUUGUGAAGGUGGGUACACAAGAUAUCUCGCCUUUAAGAUGGGCCAUCGAGAGCGGAAGUUUAAGCGCUGCCAAGGCAAUUAUUGAGGACUUGCUGACCAUCAGAGCUGACCGAGAAAGAUAUUAUUAUGGCGUGGAUGCGUUAUUUCUGCGGCAUCCAGAUAUCGUUCCGAUUAUUUGCUCUGAAGCUCCAUUGAUUCUAGGAACCUUCCUGGAGGGAUUGGUUUGGCGGUCGCGGCUCACAAAAGACGGCUUGCGGCGCGUGAACUACUACGUGAAAAACCUGGUCAUCGAUGCCCAUGGUCAUUUCUCUGGAGCCUUGCAGGCUUUGGUCCGACUGGGUGACCCUAAGAUCAUUUCACAUCCGACCAUCGACUUGGUGUCAAACAGAUUGUGGCAUGGUGUUGUGAGUCGGCAGUUUAUGCUUUCGAAGCUCUGGUUCAUCUUGAGCUUGGUGAUUCUUAUGGUCAGCCAGACCCUUUUGCCAGAGUACAGGGAGUCCUUUGAAGUUCGGGUGGCUACCUUGGUGUGUCGAAUCCUCACCUAUUUGCUGACCUUGAUGGUCCUGUUGGCCCAGCACUCCCGUGAUAUUGUCGUGGCAUACAUGCACCGUGAUACCGUGCGCAUCUUCAGAAGAAUACCAGUACCCCGCUACCUCACAGAAUUCUACCACCUUGCCAGUUUGAUGCUGAUGAUUUGUCUUAUUCUGAUGCUGAGCUACGAGCCUUUCAUCUAUUGCCACUAUUCUGAGGCGGAUUGGCCCUCUGAAUACUGUCCAGAAUAUGAUCACAAUGGUGGUUUCGUCUAUUCAGUGUUUGCGAUGUUUGCUGUGGGCCUGCAUUGGGGACUUAUGGCAGACCUAGCUGUCUUCUCUACAGGACUCAGUGCGUUCGUCCUGGUGUGCGUUCACGUUGGUUCUGAGAUUGGACGCUUCAUGUUCGCCUUGAUGUUCUUGCUGACGACUUUUGCAAGUGCAAUUACAGUUCUGGAUCACCGCUACGAGGACAUGAAGCAGUUCAGCGACACCAUGAUUUGCUUAUCGGGCAUUACCUUGCGGCUCUUUGAAGAUGACUUCCGUGACCUGCACAGUGAUCCUUUGCUGCUUACUGCAGUCUUUGGCUUCAUUACAGCAUCGGCAAUUUUGCUUCUCAACCUUUUGAUUGCCCAACUGAACUGCUCAUACGUUUACAUCUACCAGAACAUGUUGGGCUAUGCAAAGCUGAAGAGAGCCUCUGUCAACGUGCAGACUUUGGCGUACACCAAGCCACACCGUUGGCAUUAUUUCGUGCAAACAUUGGGCCUCAAGACCCCUUUGGAAUUUAACGAAGGUGAUGUGGGUAUGGCUGGUGGCAUUCAGGUCCUGGAGCCGCAAAACCUGACUGUGGUGGCGACGGAUCGCAUCCUUCGCUUCGGAGGCAGUUGCUCACAGGAUUUGGAGUGGCCCGCAGACAACAGCAGGUCCGCGGAAAACGAAGAGGAGGAGAAACUGGCUGCGCUGGAACACCUCCUGCACUCCACCCUGUCGAAGUUUAGGAGAUCCAAGAAACAUGGUGAGUCCAGAAGCGGAGCAGAUAGCGAUGACCCGGAAAGAACCAACAGUGGCGCAUGGAGUGCUGUCAGCGGCGUCAGCGGAGCCAGUAGAGCAUUCAGCGACUGAGGCGACUGAGGUUGACAGCGUUCGAUGCAUCUGCCAUCAUUGAUGGUGGGGACCAUAGUUCGAUACAAGGAAGAUGUGCUAAUGCAAACACAAAUACUAGGCUUUUCAGCGCAAAUGAAUUUCAGCGCAAUGCAGACCACAAAGUGGAUUCUGCCAGUCUUACGGAUCAGAACACAUCCCAUUCAGGUGAGCUCUCGUAUCCGUAACGGUGUUUCUUUUCGAACAACCUAGAGCUAUUGUCUUGACGGAACAGAAGAGGAUCUGCUUCAAACCAACCUCUUAC